AUGCACCAAAAAAGAAAAUUUGAAAGAGAACUGAAAUUUUUCAUUACUAGACAACAAUAUUUGAAGAAAGCUGAAAAUAAUGAUAGUCAUUUAUUUUUGGAGGGUUUAGAGAAAGUAAAUUUUGAAUAAGCUGAGCAAUAUUACCAAAAUUUGAGUGAAAACACAUUUGAAAUAAUAAAAUAAGGGUUUAUUUCUGAUCUCUCCUACCUAUUCAUUUCAAAUUAUAAUUAAAUUAUGAAGUACUUCAACCUUCUUAUACCUGGUCUUGUUAUUUUAUGUAGAGAAUCCCAUAGUUAAUUUAUAUAGCAAGAGCAAAUGAAAGCUGUACCUUUCUUUUUUGAAGUUAUUAGACUUCAAGAUAUAGAAUUAAUUGAUUAUGCUUUAAAUGGAUUAACCAUGUUAUCAAAAUAUAAAUUUGCAAACUUUUAUACUUAAGAGUUUAUGCUAUAUUUAAUAGAGUUGAUAAAUUUACAAGAUUCAAAUCUAAAUGUAGAGUAAAUUUGCUAAUUGAUUUCUAAAUUGCCAGAAGAAACAUUAACCAAUAGGCUAAUUGAUUAAUUAUUUAGUUCAAGAUUUCAAGCUUCAAUAAAAUAUUAUUUAAGUUUAGAUUCUUGUACAAUUUUAAAUUUUCUCUUCAAAUUAUUAGAAAAACAUUUGGAUUUGUGUUUUAUUGUUGAUAAUUAAUUCGUAUAGAUAAUCUCAAAAUUAUGUGAUUAAUCAAAUUAUGAAAGAAGUGUUUAAGUAUUUUUUUAUAUAGAAAAUAGGUAUUUUAUUUCAUAAAACAUUUUCUACUCUCUCAGAAUCAAGGUCUUUCAUAAUAUAUUGAUUAUAGUCCUUUAAUUCUAAGAGCUAAAGCUAUUUAAUAAUCAGACAGUUCGCUAAACUUUUUGA